AUGCUUCAAGAUAGGAACAAAACACUUUAUGUGUGUUUUGUUAAAACACUUGGACUUACAGUGAAUAUCGGGAUUACUCAAAAUCAAUUCGCCCGAAUUACCUCGAAUAUUAUAAAAUAUCUAGAGGCAAAGAAACUCUUUCGAUUGCUUCUUGCUUUCUUAAUAGUCACCGAGUCAGCUGUAAUGGCCACAGUGGUUGUAUCAAUAUUUCGUGAUACACCAAACCGUGAAAUGUAUUAUGAUACAUAUCUCCCAUUUGAUUCAUCAAAUAUUGGGUACUGGUCAUCCUAUGUCUUUCAAAUUACUGCUCAAGUUUUUGGAUCAUUUGUAAAUGUUGCUCAUGAUACCUUAAUCUCUGGGAUGAUACUAAAAAUUUGCGCGCAGUUGAGUAUUUUAGAGCACCGAUUAGAUUUAGUGUGUAAGGAUGUUGAUCCGCAUGACCAGUUUACUAAAGCUAAAAAAGAAAAGUUAAAUAAAAUUACAGAGUGCAUUAAACAUCAUCUUCAAAUUCUUAAAUUAGCUGACAGAACAAACAAAGUUUUUAGUAUUGUCAUGCUUUAUCAAUUUUCAAUCAGUACUAUUGUGAUAUGUAUAACAAUUUAUACACUAUCUCAAGUUAAAAUAAGUGAUCCAGAAUUUUUUGCAAUGGCGGAUUAUUUUAUGUUUAUGACUGUACAAAUUUUUGGCGUCUGUAUUGCCAGUACCGAGUGCAAUAUUAAGAGUGUAAGCAUCGCAACAGCUGUUUAUCAGUCAAACUGGUACAAUUUGGAUAUUGAUGCACAGAAAAGCUUGUUACUCAUAAUGACUCGAAGUUCAAAACCAUUGAAAUUCAACGCUGCGUACUUUAUUGAAGUAUCUCUCAACUCUUACAAUCAAGUACUAUUUCUCCAGUCAAAGCCGUAUCUUGUUCCAGAGCUUAUAUACUAUAGACCGUUGAUUCUCAAAUAUAUAAUAAAUAAUAUAAUGUUAUUACACUGGAGCUUUGGUAUCCUGCAAUGUUUAGGCUUAUGGCAAGUGGUAAACUCAAACUCUAUAGAGUAUACAUGGAAAAUAUUUUUUUAUUUUAUGUACACUAAUUUUAUGAUUAUAUUUAUUUACUCAUGUGUAUUAUUUGAAUUAAUUGCACUGAUUGCAUCCUUUGAUAAUCCCGAGCUAUUUAUUAAUAAUUUAAUCAUUUUACUCACCAUGGUUGGUGUUUGCGGUAAAAUUGCCAACGUUAUUGUAAAACGAAAAGAAAUUGACCAACUUAUUGAGAUUCUUGGAAGUUAUCCGUGUUGCUAUCAAAAUGAAAAAGAAAAAGUUAUUGAAAAAAAUUUUGAUAAAACUAUCAAAUCAAGAACAAUAGCUUACUUGAUAAUGACAGAAUCGGCAGUGGUGAUGGUGGUAAGCGUAUCGAUACUUUGUGAUACUCCAAAUCGAGCAUUACCCUUUGACAUAUGGUUGCCAUAUAAUUAUAAAACGUCAAAUAUUGGAUACUGGAUCGCUUACAGCCAUCAAAUUUUUGCUCAUAUUUUUGGAGCGCUAGUAAAUGUCGCUUACGAUACUAUGAUACCAGGUUUUAUGUUGAAAAUUUGCGCUCAAUUAUCUAUUUUAGAGCAUAGAGUAGGUUUACUCAACAAAAAUGACAACUUAUCCAAGUCAUUGGAUGCCAAAAAGCAGAAAGAAAUUAAUGAAAUUUCAAAAUGUGUCCAACACCAUCUAAAAAUAUUCCAAUUAGCUGAAAUAACAAACAAAGUCUUCAGUACUGUUACUUUUUUACAAUUUUCCAUCAGUUCCAUCGUGAUAUGUGUGACAGUUUAUAGAUUAUCUCAAAUAACAAUUGAUAAUCCACAAUUCGUACCAACAGUUAUUUAUUUCACUUGCAUGCUUACGCAGGUAUUUAUUACUUGCUUCGCCAGUACCGAGUGUACUUUCAAGAGCGGUGAUGUAGCGAUGGCCGUUUAUCAAUCUGAUUGGUACAUUUUGAGUCUCGGUACUCAAAAAAGCUUAUUGGUGAUAAUGAUGCAAAGUCAGAAGGAAUUGAAAUUUAACGCCGGGUAUUUUAUUGACGUAUCUCUUAAUUCCUACAAUCAACUGAUGAUAAAACUUUCUUAUUCAUUUUACAACGUUCUUCAGUGAUAUAUUUGUUUUAUAUUAAUUAGAAGAAAAUAGAUAAUUUGUUUUUUAAUAUGUA